AUGAUACCUCGCUUUGAUGAUGUUCUUGAUGUAAAGGAUGGAAGCGUGGCACCUUGUCACCGGAAUGGAAGGAGGUUGCCUCGGAGACAGCGUCAGCAUGAAUGUUCCGGUAAAGCCAAACGACAGCUGGUCAAGAGGAAUACGCCAUCGUCUUCUGGUGCAGCCGACCUUCGAAUCUCUUCACCAAACACUUUCACUCGAAAUGAAAGUAAGCUCGAGAUAUCGAAGAUCAGGCAUCAUUCACCUUCAACCUUCAGUAGAUUUGGUAUUAAGUAG